GAUGUCUGUAAGCUACAAUGUCUGAGCAAAGUAACCCUGAAAGCCACACAAAUCACAAAUCACAUUGAUAGCUAUUGUUGAGACAUUCAGGUGAGUCUCUCCGGUUACCCAAGCUUAAGUAUUUAUUAUGUACAACCACUUUCUCAAUAUAUCUCACACUUGGCUUCACACUGAAGAUAAGAAGCCAGCUCUUGUGAGUGGAGAGUGUCUCAGGCUCCAGCUUGGACUGUUAGUGAAUUCUAUUUCCCCCAGCGUGGGUGGAAUCUGGCACUUGACAGUCACCAGUGUUGGUGAAAUAACAAAGACACUCACAAGCCCACCCCUUUGUGAACAGUUCAGCCAAUCGGGCGACUUGGGGAGGCAAGAGAAUGAAUGGUCAGAGUGCUGCCAUAGUCCUGAUUCGGGGGACUCUCAACAAGCCAGAUCCAGCUGUUCGAAAAUCAAAUGGAAAAAUACAACAGCGAAGAAAAGAAUUUGUUUAAUACAGGCUCUACUGGAUAUGUGGGGCCAAGUGCGUUCAGCUUCACUGGUAAGGGACAGUUGGCACUCUAUCUUCCUAUAAGGGCACACUCUGCUUCGUAUUGUAAAAAGGAGUCCGCAUGUGCCCACUGACAACACAGUCUUCUUUUUGAGUUCAUCUUUAACCCAGAUGUAAUCCAGGUGGUAACUUGAUUCCAGAGGGUCGCAGGGAUUUGAGAUCCCGUACAGGACACCGCCUCCUUGACCUGGUUGAUAUAACCUCAUGUCAGGCUCUGAGUGUUCCUGGAGACAUCUUCAUGACGGCAGAGGUCAAUUCCCUUAGCCAUUACAGGACUGGAAAUACAUACGGAAACAGCUUUGGUCCUUCAUAGGACACGGCCAAUAGUUUUACCACACACAGACAUUCUGUCUGCAAGGCUACUCUUGGAAUCUUGUUGGGGGAAAAGCUCUCUCACACCUUACUUAUGUAUUUUUUAAGACAAGGUUUUAUGUAUCCUAGGCUGGUUUUGAACUUGCCCAGUAGCUAGAGAUGACCUUGGUCCUCCUGCUCCCACUUCCCCAGAGCUAGGAUUACAGGUGCCAUUAUGCCCAACUAAUACGGCCCUGGGGAUCAAACCCAGGGCUUGGUGCAUUCGGGGCAAGCAGAUGCUCACUGAGCUUCGGUAGCUAUUAUCUAUUAACACAUUCCUCCUAUGUAGCCCAGGUUAGAACUCUCAAUUCUCCUGCCUCACUCUUCCCUGUGUUUCUUAAGAUUACAGGAAUGUAUCCCCAGGUUCUUUUCCUAAGUGUCUGGUCCCUAGCAUAUCUUAGGAGAGAUAAAAGUUAGUCUUAUGUUGGUGUUUUCAGUCCACCUUGUAUUACCGGUUUUGGGGCAUAGACCCCUUAACAACACAUGUAGAGCUGCUCAGAAUCUGGUCCAAAGUUUAAAGGAGACAGAAAAGAAAUGAGGCGGAGCUGACCAAGCCUGGAGCCUGCUGUUAGCUACCCACGGAGCCCAGCGUUUUAGCCAAUGUGCCCUUAGUCACAGCCGCACUGCUAGAGCCCUGGUCUUCCGCACCUGCGUGCUUCGGCGACGUGGGAGCGCGCCCUCUGGCGGCGGCGCGCUGCACCCGGAGCGCGCGCGCGGGAGGAAGGCGCGGGGCCGAGGCGGAGCCUCUCUGGGGAUGGCGGGGGACUUGCCGCGUUUCCUGCAGGCGCUGCCAGCCGAGAGCGGACCCGAGGCGGUGCGGACGCGGGUGCAGGAUCAGGACUUACAGCAGUGGGGCCUGACGGGGAUUCAUCUGCGCUCUUAUCAACUGGAGGGAGUCAAUUGGCUAGCCCAGUGCUUCCAGUGCCAAAAUGGCUGUAUCCUGGGAGACGAGAUGGGCCUGGGGAAGACCUGCCAGACUAUCGCUUUCCUCGUUUACUUGGUGGGAAGAUUGAACGACGAAGGGCCGUUUCUGAUUCUUUGUCCCUUGUCCGUUUUGAGCAACUGGAAAGAAGAGCUGGAGAGAUUUGCUCCAGGUCUGUCCUGUGUGACAUACGUGGGUGACAAGGAGGAAAGAGCCCACCUUCAGCAAGACCUACGACAGGAGUCUCGAUUUCACGUGCUGCUGACUACCUAUGAGAUUUGCUUGAAGGAUGCCUCAUUUCUGAAAUCCUUCUCUUGGAGUGUUCUGGCUGUGGACGAAGCUCAUAGAUUGAAAAACCAGAGCUCCCUGCUGCACAGAACACUUUCAGAGUUCUCAGUGGUCUUCCGCCUCCUGCUCACCGGAACGCCCAUCCAGAACAGCCUCCAGGAGCUCUACUCCCUCCUCAGUGUCGUGGAGCCCGAUCUCUUCUGCAGGGAGCAGGUAGAAGACUUUGUUCAGCGGUACCAGGACAUUGAGAAAGAGUCCAAAUCAGCAAGUGAACUACACAGUCUCUUGCAGCCAUUUCUCCUAAGACGAGUGAAAGCCCAGGUAGCCACGGAGCUUCCCAAGAAGACAGAGGUGGUGAUAUACCAUGGCAUGUCAGCACUACAGAAGAAGUACUACAAGGCCAUCUUGAUGAAAGACCUAGAUGCAUUUGAGAAUGAGACAGCAAAGAAAGUCAAGCUGCAGAACAUCCUCACACAGCUUCGCAAGUGCGUGGACCACCCGUAUCUAUUCGAUGGUGUGGAACCAGAGCCCUUCGAAGUUGGAGAGCACCUGAUUGAGGCCAGUGGGAAGCUUCAUCUACUGGACAGGCUGCUGGCAUUUCUCUACUCUGGGGGCCAUCGGGUUUUACUUUUCUCCCAGAUGACCCACAUGUUGGAUAUUCUGCAAGACUACAUGGAUUACAGAGGCUACAGCUAUGAGCGUGUGGAUGGCUCCGUGAGAGGAGAAGAGAGGCACCUGGCCAUUAAGAACUUUGGGAAACAGCCCAUUUUUGUUUUUCUGCUGAGUACCCGGGCAGGUGGAGUGGGCAUGAACUUAACGGCAGCAGACACCGUUAUUUUUGUUGACAGUGAUUUUAACCCUCAGAAUGACCUGCAGGCGGCUGCCAGAGCUCACCGAAUUGGCCAGAACAAGUCUGUCAAAGUCAUCCGUCUGAUCGGCCGGGACACUGUGGAAGAAAUCGUGUACAGGAAGGCAGCCUCCAAACUGCAGCUUACCAACAUGGUCAUGGAAGGGGGCCAUUUCACCCUAGGAGCCGCGAGACCGUCCGCUGAGGCCGACUUCCAGUUAAGUGAGAUACUUAAAUUCGGCUUGGAUAAACUGCUGUCCUCUGAGGGGAGCAGUGUGGAUGAAGUAGACUUGGAAUCCAUCCUGGGAGAAACCAGAGAUGGGCAGUGGGUCCCUGAUGCUUUGCCUGCCGCAGCCUAAGGAGGAAACAGAGAACAAGAGGAAGGAAAAAACCAUAUGUACUUGUUUGAAGGUAAAGAUUAUUCUAAAGAGCCCAGUAAGGAAGACAGAAAGUCGUUUGAACAGCUGGUGAAUCUUCAGAAAACUCUUCUAGAGAAAACGAGUCACGGGGGCCGGUCGCUCCGCAAUAAAGACAGCGUUCUUAUCCCAGGCCUGACAGAAGGGCCCAUCAAAAGGAAGAAGAUCCUGAGCCCAGAAGAGCUGGAAGAGAGACGGCAGAAAAGACAGGAAGCAGCAGCCAAGAGGAAGAGACUAAUGGAGGAGAGGAAGAAGGAAAAGGAGGAGGCUGAGCACAGGAAGAAGAUGGCCUGGUGGGAAUCCAACAGUUACCAGUCCCCCUGCCUGCCCUCGGAGGACAGCGAGCCUGAGGACCCUGAGGACGGAGAAGAUAAGACUUCUGGUGAGCUGGAUGCUGAAGACCUAGACUCAACCUCCAUCCAGUAUGUUAGCGGUGACGUCACCCACCCACAGGCUGGCGCGGAGGAUGCUGUCAUUGUGCACUGUGUAGAUGAUUCUGGCCGCUGGGGCAGAGGGGGCUUGUUCACGGCUCUGGAGGCACGAUCAGCCGAACCAAGAAAAAUCUAUGAGCUGGCUGGGAAAAUGAAAGACUUGAGUUUGGGAGGUGUCCUUUUGUUUCCCAUUGAUGAUAAAGAAUCAAGAGAGAAAGGACAAGAUUUGUUGGCCUUGAUUGUGGCUCAGCACCGCGAUAGUUCCAAUGUCCUGUCUGGCAUUAAGAUGGUGGCCCUAGAAGAUGGCCUCAAGAAGGUAUUUUUAGCAGCAAAGAAAAAGAAAGCAAGUGUUCAUCUUCCACGCAUCGGACACGCCACAAAGGGUUUUAACUGGUACGGGACUGAAAGACUUAUUCGGAAACAUUUGGCUGCAAGAGGCAUCCCAACUUACAUAUACUACUUUCCUAGAAGUAAGGCUGCUGCUUGCCAUUCACAGUCUGCAUCCCCCUCCACAGCACCGCUGGUUCCUUAGCAACCAGCCCAGCAUCAGCAUUGGAUCCAGUUUUCAGCGACCAGCUAGAAAAUCCGUGCCCCAGAGUGACUGUUAGUUUUCUGGGAAAACGCCGUCUUUGGCUGGAACCUCAGGGAUAGUCUUUAUGGAAUUGUUACUGUGAUCCAGUCCCUGUAAUAUGGACAUGCAUAGCUUAUCUGGGGAAGCCCUCUGACUUCAGAUUGUAUAGCUUUGUAUAAAAAUAAAUUUUCUGUCAUUAAUA